ACAAAAACAUAUAAUAUCUUACUACUUGCGGCAAAGAUAUUAUGGUUAGCUCUGAAAGUUCUGUAUUAUAUUUGCGAGGAUAUAUACAGAUUGAUCGUCCCAAUAAAGAAAAAGAGCGUAGCUGGUGAAAUUGUUUUGAUAACAGGUGCAGGCCAUGGUAUCGGAAAAGAAUUAGCGAUUGGUUAUGCAUCGUUAGGAGCGACAGUGGUGUGUUGGGAUAUCAAUGAAGAAACAAACAACGAGACGAUGAACGACAUUAAGAAAAUGGGAAGAGACUCCGUUUAUGCAUAUCGAUGUGAUGUAACGGAUAGAGAAGAAGUCUUCAAGGUAUCAAGGAAAGUAAAAAAAGAAGUAGGUGAUGUUACUAUCUUGAUUAACAAUGCCGGUAUAGCGUAUAUUAAACCACUCCUGAAUCAGAGUUUCGACGAAAUUCAACGGGUCAUAGACGUCAAUGUGAUAGCGCAUUAUUGGACAUUAAAAGCAUUCUUACCAAGUAUGAUCGAAAAAAAUCACGGUCAUAUCUUGGCAAUUUCGUCAGUAGCAGCAUUUUGUAGUGGUCUUUAUGGAACGGUUUACUGUCCUUCAAAAUCUGCAGUCAAUGGUAAUUCAUCCCGUACAUAACGAUAUUA